AUUAAUAUAUCUUUUGCAAAUUCCGGCGACACCUAAAAUGGCCUCCUCCUUGUCUCCGUCGUCGUGUCUCGGAAACCUCUUUCUAUCGCCUCCUCCUCAUCCCUUAUCCCGGAAAAGCACUCCAAUCUUUGUCGGCGUCUCUCGGGUGCGGAGGAGGCCGACCAGCGCGCUGAGGGAAUGGCGGGAGUACGAAGAGGCUGUGAAGAGAAAAGAUCUGGCGGGGGCUCUCAGAUUCCUCAAAACCGUCCAAGUCAUCGAUAAACAGCCAAGUGCAACUCCUCCUGCUCCUGGGGGUCUUGAUUGGGAGGUAUUAGAUGCGUGUUUGAAUGCAGAUGAUAUGAGACUUGUCGGGAAUGCCUUUAGGUUUCUCAAGGACAGAGGUCUUCUCCCCAACUUCGCCAAGUUCUCCAAUAUUGUUUUGGAGGGCACAAGAGAGGUCACACCUACUGUCCUCAUGUCUGCAACCGGCUUGGAAGUGAGUAAACUUGCACCGAAGAAGUGGGGUCUCUCUGAUAGCUCCAGCAUUGCUUUGGCUGCUUUUCUCGGUGGAAUCUCCUAUCUUCUUUCUCAGGACAUUGAUCUUCGCCCUAACCUUGCUGCCCUUUUGGCUCUUGCUUUCAUGGAUUCCAUUCUUCUCGGUGGCACCUGCUUUGCCCAAAUUUCAUGCUACUGGCCUCCCCACAAGCGUCGUGUCAUUGUUCACGAAGCUGGUCAUCUUCUUGUUGCAUACCUCAUGGGCUGCCCUAUCCGUGGUGUCAUUUUGGAUCCCAUUGUUGCCAUGCAAAUGGGAGUUCAGGGUCAGGCUGGAACCCAAUUCUGGGAUCAAAAGAUGGAGAGUGAGAUUGCUGAGGGACGGCUUAGCGGUACCUCCUUUGAUAGGUAUAGCAUGGUUCUUUUUGCUGGUAUUGCAGCUGAAGCACUUGUUUAUGGUGAGGCUGAGGGUGGGGAGAAUGAUGAAAAUCUCUUCAGGAGCAUCUCCGUACUCCUGGAACCACCAUUAUCCGUGGCUCAGAUGUCGAAUCAAGCCAGGUGGUCUGUCCUACAAUCUUACAAUCUGCUCAAGUGGCACAAGGCCGCACAUCGCGCCGCUGUUGAAGCUCUGCAAGUGGGAAGUCCUCUUAGCAUUGUGAUACGAAGGAUUGAGGAAGCUAUGUCUCCAACCAGCUGACAGAAGCAGAUAAACUCAGAAAUAAACAACCUGGAAUGGCGACAAAGAUGUUGUAUUUUUUUGGAUCCAUGUUCAAGUAAGUUAAGUAUUUUAUCCACUGAGGGAGAUGUUGAGGACGUGAUAGUAGUAGUCUUCUCUUGCCUCAUAAUUACUCACAUGUUCAAGCAAGCUUUUGAUAGCUUCAAGAAAUUGGUUGUACAGUAACCAAAACUGUGUAGUUAGUUGCAUUAUUGUAUCUAAACAUAAAAAGUGUGGCUAUUACAAACUCUGACCACUA